AAUUUUAUCUUGCAGGACGGUUGGUUUAUUGAUUAAAACAUUUGAACAGCUAUUAAGAGCAGGUAGCUUUAAGGCUAGCGAGGUCAAAGUGUUAGUGAGCAGGACUGUCAAGUUCAUGUAAUAGUUAAGAAGAUUGUGUAAUGAGACACUGUGAUGCGUCAAGUGUUUCUUUACCGGCUACCAGACACGAACAAGCUGAAAUCCUCUCAGAAGGAUAAAGUUCGCCAGUUCAUGAUUUUUACCCAGUCAAAUGAGAAAACAGCACUGAAUUGUUUGUCACAGAAUGAAUGGAAACUAGAUGUUGCUACAGACAACUUUUUCCAAAAUCCUGACCUCUACACACAUAAUCUAAGGGGAACAUUAGAUCGGAAGAAGUUAGAACAGCUCUACAAUCGGUACAGAGACCCUCAAGACGACAACAAGAUCGGUAUAGAUGGGAUCCAACAGUUCUGUGAUGACUUGGGACUUGAUCCAGCCAGUGUAAGCGUACUACUAAUCGCUUGGAAGUUUCGGGCUGCCACACAGUGCGAGUUUUCCAAACAAGAAUUCAUAGAUGGAAUGGCUGAGCAGGGGUGUGACAGCAUAGAAAAACUUAAAGCACAACUACCCAGGAUGGAGCAGGAGUUAAGGGACCAAGGGAAAUUUAAAGACUUCUAUCAGUUCACGUUCAACUUCGCUAAGAAUCCAGGACAAAAGGGGUUAGACCUUGAAAUGGCAAUUGCAUACUGGAAUUUAAUAUUGGCUGGGCGUUUUAAAUUUCUAGAUCUAUGGAACAAAUUUUUAUUGGAGCAUCAUAAGCGAUCAAUUCCCAAAGACACAUGGAACCUAUUGUUAGAUUUCAGCACGAUGAUCACAGAUGAUAUGUCAAACUACGAUGAGGAAGGUGCAUGGCCAGUUCUUAUUGAUGACUUUGUGGAGUUUGCAAGGCCGUACAUCGGCACCAAAAGUACAGCUGUAUAAUUGCAUUCUUUCUGAGGGACAUCUGAACCUCAGACAAAACACACAUAGCUUCUGCUGGGCACAGAGGACUGAAGUGAGAUCUACAUUUGCCUUUUCUACAAGCCCUCAGGACUGAGACAUUUAUACAAACCAGAGACAUUAUAAAGGCAUCUUUUCUCUUCAGUCGUCUAAUGGUGGUUUGGGCUUUUUAUCUUUUUGGUCGGUUUUUGUUUUCAACUUCAUGCAAUAUCUGAUUCAUUCUCUGGGACGUCAGUAUUCUCGUUCAGAUGAAGCAGUUUGACAAGAGCAAGCUGUCACAGAUACUCUGCCGUGUACGAUGAUGACACAUUAAUCCUUGUUCAGUGCUCAAAUAGGAAAUGUCAAAAUUUUAAUAUUUUAAUGCAUUUAUGGAAAUCUGAGUCAGAGAAUUUUGAUUGUACUCUCUUUUUUU